ACCAUUGACAUACGGGCACUACGAAUGGUGCUAGUUCAGCGGUGUCACGAAUAUGAGCCAAUCUUGCAGUCAAACGCAACUAGUUGCGACCAAUGGCGCGUGCUGCAAACUCAUCAAUCAAUCGUAUUGCGGCGUAAGACUACAUGAUUCGCUCGAAUUCGUGUGCGUGACACCGCUGUACUGGCCCCAUACUUAUUGCUCGUAAGGCCCGUCCUUAGAUAUAUGUCAAUGCUUAUGACCUGUUACUUGAAAUCUAGAUAGACAGACUAUUUUAGUCUGAUGUCGACUAAAUGCAUACUUAAUGUAUGUCAUAGACAACCACUAAAUUUCAUCGAGACAGAUGACACCAUAACAGACAACAAAGCUAAUUAGGUUCAUUUACUUUGAUAAAUUUACAAGUAUUUUGCAAUACCCAAAAAAAUAUGGACACGUAAAUGCAGAUAUACCGACUUCCAUAGACCCGACGUUUUAUUAAAUGGAGAAUCGGGGGAGAAGGGGUAGAAGGCGGUCCAGGGGAAGACACGAAGGUUACUUUGCCCCAGCUUCCUCCAGUUUAUUCGGCAACAAAUGUAUGAUCACUGCUGCACUGGUCUUUGCGUUUAUCAUGCUGCAGUACAAUUGUAGAAACUGCUACGCAAAGCAAGAGCUGAUGAAGAUUACGAGCAGUGUCGAGGAUAUAGCGAAACAUUUAAAAACCAUUCAAAGAAACUACCAGCUUAUAGAAGACAGACUUGCGUUAUACUCCAAAGAAAUACCAAAGCUGGAGGAGCAGAUGGCAUCUUUGGAGUCAUUGGCUCAUGACGUCAACAGAUUCGGUUGGAACCCCAGGAUACACGCUACGUUACCAUACGUCGACGUGAAGUUGAACCAUUUCAACAUUACUCGGAUCCCAAUGAAAAAUUCAACUAAAUUAAAUAAUUGUCGGAAUCUCAAAAAAGAAUAGUACGAAAAUAAUUUGAAGCCUUUGAGUUAAGCGGUAAAUAUAAUGCGGGAUCUUU